AUGGCAACUGAAGCAGAUGAGGCUAAAAAAUGGAACUUUAGUUUUGGAGUCAUAGCAGACAUUCAAUACGCCGAUGCAGAUAAUGGUUACAAUGACACACGCACAAAGAGGCGUUACUAUAGGAACAGCCUCCAUCUGUUGAGCAGUGCUGUCAUGGAAUGGAAUGAAGAACCCAUCACUCCCAGGUUUAUUCUGCAGCUUGGUGAUGUCAUUGAUGGCUGCAAUUCACAGCUAAAGUCCUCAAAAGAUGCACUUCAAGUGGUAAUAAAUGAAUUUACAAAGUGUACGUCUCCUGUGCACCAUAUCUGGGGAAACCAUGAAUUUUAUAACUUUGACAGGGAACUGCUGCAUAAAUCAGCUCUCAGUAGCAAGCACCUGGGUAAGCUGGAGAGCGGUGAUAAGACACUGUCCAACCCUGAUGAUCAUGAGGCUUUUUAUGGCUACCAUUUUAGUCCUUUUCCUAAGUUUCGAUUCAUAAUCACUGACUCAUACGAUCUCAGCAUUCUGGGAAGGAAAUAUUCCAGCAAGAAACAUCAUUACUCAAUGGAGAAACUGAAGACUUUCAACAAAAAUGAAGAUUUUAAUAGCUCAAAAGGCCUCACUGGUCUGAAUAAACGCUUUGUGGCAUUCAAUGGAGGUUUCAGUCAAGAGCAGUUGGACUGGCUGAACAAAGUACUAACAUUCUCAGAUAAUAACCAGGAAAAGGUUACAAUUGCUGCUCAUGUUCCAAUCCAUCCAAAUUCUACAAAUUCAGAAGGUGUUGCCUGGAACUAUGAUGAGAUCCUCUCAGUGUUGCACGCACACACAAGUGUAGUGUGUUUUCUAGCAGGACAUGACCAUGAUGGUGGCUACCACUUGGAUGAUCAUGGAAUUCACCAUCUUACCUUUGAAGGUGUGAUUGAAACUUCACCAGGGAGCUAUGCUUUUGGGACUAUGUAUGUAUACAAUGACAGAAUGAUCUUAAGGGGAAGAGGCAGGAUUCAGGACAGGAUUCUACGUUACAAACAAAUCUGAAUCAAUUCAUACGUUAAAACAUUGUACAUAUGUUAAUAUCCUGCACCAUAUGACUGUAAUGUGAAAAGUGGUAGGUGUGAUCAAAAUUAGAUCAUGACUUGUUAUGUAUAAUAGCAGAUACAGAAUAAAAUUUCAG